AUGAUUCAUAUUUUAAAUUUUAUAGCUGGCAUGAACAACACGUUGGACAGCAAGUGCGAAGGUGGUGAGCCCGGGGAACAAACUGUCACGCCCGAAAUUUGCUGCGAGACCAUGGACCAACACUGUUCGCACUGUGGCAACUCGACGGAAUAUUCGGUAAGAACAUUGCGAAAACUGUUCCUCUUUAAUAAUACUCAUGAAGCGCAAUCGGCUGUAAAUUCUUCACCGGGAACCAUUGAAAUGCUACCAGCCUGCAAUUGCCGAGAGCACGCGCAAGGAAUAACACAAGAGAAACCAUCUGAUGAAAAGCUUUGCGAAACUCGUUCCGUGCAAGAACUGAGGCACAUGUUUGAGAUGAAAGUGAAACAUAUCGAACAAAGUUCUCCCACUGGCUCGGUCAGCGCAUAUUCGAGACCUGUUUCCACCAAAUCGGCCAAGCCGGAUGAUCGCCAAGGUGCCGCUUCCACAGAUCUACCGCAUCCGGACGGACAAAUGUUCAUGUGUGGCGAACCACCCGUCCUAAGCAAACCAUGCGCGCGAUGGAACGUUACCAACACAUCCAUUGUUGAAGUACCGAAUGGAAUGGAAAUCACUUUUACCGUGCUGAAUGACAGCAAACGUUGA